GAUAGUCUUCCUUCAGGCAUGAGUUAACAAUGUUUUUGGCCAUUAGUACAGUGUUAAUUAAUCGAGAAAAUAUAUAUUAAAUAUUCAUAAACACUUUCGGUAUAUACGCACAUAAAGUUAAGCCGUUGGAGAAAAUACUGAGGCCACAAGCUCCCAGGGCACUAACACUGUAUUUUCCUAGAAGCAGUGAUUCAGUGCUUGCACACCCAGUGUCCACAGUGACUGUAGAACAUAGCAAUAAGUUGGCAAUAACAAGAAGGACGCCAUCAGAAACGAUGGCAAGACAAGGAGAUGAGCUCGAGUUGAGGGUCUUGUGAAAUCCUGCCGAGGGCUGGACUCCCAGAAGGCCUCUUGUCCUACAACAGCUGCAGACUCAACGGUGAUCUGACUUUGGUUACAGGUCCACGUCUACAUGCAGGGACAGGAAGCCCUUUUUUCAGAGAAUAUGCCUCUAAAAGACGUCAUCUUUUACCUCAAGAGACAGCUGUCAGCAGGAACCCCAACAGCAGACAACACGAGGACACCCUUAUGUACUCGCCACGGCACUUCCGUGGCAACAGCACAAGAAGAAGAAGAUGGCUGCAACGCUUCUUUGAAGACUACUCAAGUAAAUGACACUCCUACCAGUCAGAGUGAUCAAAUCAUUUCCCUAGUCAUUAUCCAGGAAGAGGACAGUCCCAGCAGUUCUGAAGAGGGAUGUGUUUCUCUCGGGAACACACACAGUUCUAGAAGUUCAGAGCAAGGCAUCCAGGGGUCCCAGGAAGGAUGCCUAGAGGGGCCCUCUGAGCAACACGGCCCCAUGGAGGUGAGGACAGGGCUCUUACCCAGUCCAGAUGCGUCCUCCCCUGAGCCUGCCCCUACCAAUCAGAGUAGUGAGGGAAACUCCACAAGUGGGGGACAUCAAGAGAGGUCCCACAGUGCCUCAAAAUCAUAUGAAUGUGCGGAAUGCUCCAAGGUCUUUAGCUAUCCCUGUCACUUGAUAGCUCACCAGAGAAGACACAGAAAUGAGAGGCCAUUCGUUUGUGCUGAGUGUCACAAAGGCUUCUUCCAGAAUUCAGACCUGCGUGUGCAUCAGAUGAUUCACCAAACAGAGAAGCCUUUCGUAUGCAGCACUUGUCAAAAGCCUUUCAGCCACAAAACCAACUUGAAGGCUCAUGAAAGAAUUCACACAGGCGAGAAACCCUAUACAUGCUCCUUGUGCCACCAAAGCUAUCGCCAGUCAUCCACAUACCACCGCCACCUGAGGACGCACCAAAAGACUGCUCUCAAAAAUGCUCGCUCCACUCCAGACGCCUCCUCAGCUUCUUCCCUGAUGUGAUGUGUGUGUUUCCAUACUAUUUAGAAUCUAUUUAGAAGACACUGGAAAACUAUUUAGAAGAUUCUGUGAGAACUCAGAAAGUCUCUGGAGCUUGCUCCCGGCUCUUCUUGGGUCUCCACACUUAGACACAGGUGUUAGAAGUGAGCCAGGGAGGUGAGCAUUGUUGCCAGAGCUGAGACCGGUUGGCCAGAGCCCACAGGGCUCCAGUUGCUUGAGUCCUUUGGGCGGAACUAUCCAGAGGAAGCUGAUGGCCCUGAGGUACACCUUUAACAGUGGGGCACACUGCUCACAGUUGGCUAGAACAAUGUCCACAUUGUCCCCUGGGAUUUCUGAACUCAUUAAUGUAUUGCA